AUGACGAAAACUCUGCACGAGCUCUGCAUCGCGUCGGAGAUCACAUUCGCGGGACUAUUUACUGGAUCCUUUUGCGAAAUAUCUUUCUGUCACAAUUACUGCUUCCAUGGUAAAUGUAUUGUAAACCAUCGCGGAGUUCCUGAAUGCAAAUGCACGGGCACGUUUAGCGGUGACCGCUGUGAGAUAAAUGUUUGCAAUGGCUACUGCCUUUACGACGGCGAGUGUUCCGUCCAAAAUGGAAGACCAUUUUGUAGCUGUAAAUAUUCUAAAGGGACCCGGUGCGAAAAACCGAACGACAUUGAGGAGAUCUGCGCGAUUUAUUGCGCGAGCGAUCACGUCGGAUUACCAAGCAUCAGCGUAACAUCGUGCAGGUGUACAGAUUUCAAUCAAACGGCCGAAAGAAUUACACUUACCAACAGUUUCCAGAAUGGCAUUCUGUUACCAAUAUUCAUAGCCUUCACCAUUCUAUUUCUUCUAAUGAUCGCCGUACUUAGUUAUUAUAUAAAUAAAUUACGGAGGCGACCACGAAUCAAGAGGCACUAUGUGGUCAGUAAAGGCAUUACGCCGCUCACAUCUCGACCGCAGAUACCGGACAAUCAGUGCGAAAUUACCAUAGAGAAUUGCUGCAACAUGAAUAUCUGCGAGACUCCGUGUUUCGAACCGAAAUUACGAAAUGGUAUGUCAAAGAGCAAUAAUGUGAAAAAGGAAGAGAAGAACUUCUUGUUGGAUGAUAUGGAAGGUAAUUCAUGCUAGCACAUGCUGCUCUUGUCUCGUCGCAUGAAAUGACGAAAACUCUGCACGAGCUCUGCAUCGCGUCGGAGAUCACAUUCGCGGGACUGUUCCACGUUUAUAUAUAAGACGGCGGCGAAUUUUAGUAUUGUUGUUAAGUUUAAAAAUCUGUGUUGAUGGAAUGCGCACGAGCGCGCUAUAUCGACGACGAUUUCACUCCAACUUGGGAAAGAAAGCCAAAGGUCUUUUUAGAAAGUCCUAUUUAUUAGUAUAUCAUACACGUUAGAGCUGUGUUUUAAAACUAUUUUUCACUUUAGUAAUCAUUAAAUUUAUCAUUCGACGAUAUUAGACAUUUGUUUUAGCAAUUAUAAAACUGAACAUUUUUCUAAAUGCCUGCCGAUCGCAAUCCCUCGUGCACAAGCAAUACUAAAGUUUUAAAUAAAGA